CCGUUGAUCGUUCUCCAGUCAGAAACAAAACAAAAGCGGCGGGAGGAGGUGGGUGAGGAGGCGGCGGUGGUGGGUAGUGAAGGCCGCCCGGAGAAUGAACUACACGGACACUGAAGAAGAUACAAGAGAGGAGGAGGGACGGGCCAGUGGCGUGUAAGGCGAAGGGGAAGCAGAAGGCAUAUCGGCGUUCUCUGAUUUCGAGGAAGUUUUAAUAGAUUUGCAUGUGGAACUUCCAGGCUAGGAGAGUUCUGCUUCUUACCGCGCAAUUCCUUCCUUUCUUUCUUGUUGUGCGCUGAAUUUCCCCUAUUUCCUGUUCUGAGCCUGAUUUACAGGAGCGUAUUGUAUCGCUAAAAUAGAAGGCCUUGACCAUGGUCAGUAAACCUUGCACUACAGUGUUGAAUGAGGAGACCACCACGCACUAUGAACAUGGUCGACUUUCUCCCCUGGCGUCAGUGUGGGAAGUGCCACACACUCCCCAAACCAACAACGGCUUUUGCUUGCAUUUUCCAGUGUUUCUUCUGUCAGCGAGUGCAACAAAGUUGUAAUUCUUCCAGUGCCAGCCCUGAGCUGAGUGAGGAGCCACCAACCGACAUGGUGAAAAUGACAAAAUCAAAAACUUUCCAGGCUUACCUGCCAAACUGUCACAGAACUUACAGCUGUAUUCACUGUAGAGCACAUCUAGCCAAUCAUGAUGAAUUGAUAUCCAAGUCAUUUCAGGGAAGUCAGGGGAGAGCCUACCUCUUUAACUCUGUGGUAAAUGUCGGUUGUGGUCCAGCAGAAGAGAGGGUCCUUUUAACUGGUUUGCAUGCCGUUGCUGAUAUAUACUGUGAGAACUGUAAAACCACGCUUGGCUGGAAAUACGAGCAUGCCUUUGAAAGCAGUCAAAAAUACAAGGAAGGAAAGUUUAUCAUUGAACUGGCUCACAUGAUAAAAGACAAUGGCUGGGAGUGAGCUCUCUUGCACCGGCUCUCCUUUCGGGUUGUGUCAGUGUGAAUCAUACAUUACAGGCAAUGUAAAACUGAACUGUGGAUUUUCAUACCAAGCAACCGAAUAUAUCACUGAACUUUAUAUAUAAAAAAAAGUAACCUCAUGGACUGUUAGAGUAGCUGAAGGGCACGUUGUGGCUGGACUUGAAUUCCAACAGGUUCUAGAAGAUUUCUGCUCCUGUUUUACCAUCCUUCCUCCAUCCCUCCCUUUUCCCACUCCUGUGUGAUCGGAUGUUAUGGUGAUACUUCUGCCAUACACUGGAUGAGAUGUCUACACUCACAAGUCCUUGACACCAGAUUCACCUGUAUUGGAUUGCCAUACGUUUUUGUGCAUGCCUAUGUUCUGUUUUUCUCCAACACCUUGGUAUACCAGGUUCAGAGAUGAAGAAACCAGUGUGCAUCCAGGAAAGAAGUAAAAAAAGAUUACAGCCCACUAACUCACAAAGUUGAAACAUAGAACUUCGUUCUUGCCGUAUAAUGUGCUCCAUGUCCAAAAAAGAAAGUAGGGGUUUACAGAACUGAGGGCAUGGUAGACGAGGUGUAAUCACAGUGGUGUUUUCGGAGCCUUCAAUGCAUGUUCAAAACGUAAUCCUCUGCACUGCUGUAAGGGGUGUUUUUUUUUUUUUUUUUGUUUUUUGGUAAGUGGGUGGAUGGCCCACUUCCAAUGAUUUCCAUUUUGGUUUACAUCUUUUUAGAUAAUGCAAGGUUGCUAAGAUUGUUCAGCCUUGUUGGGGCGGCAGGGGCGGGUCCCAAUUAUGUUUCCUCCAUAGAAAGAUGCAUUAUUAUUUUUUUCGAUUUGGAGAUCCAAAAAAACCUGCGUUAAGAAAUGAUUUCAACUUCUCUUCUAGAGUGGCCUAACAACUUGGCCAAAUGGCACUUCCUGCUUGGGAGCAAGGAAGAUUGCUUAAUCAGUUGUGUAACCAGUGCCACAUACAUGCAAAGUGUGUUGUUAUGGCUGGUUCCAUAAACCAUUGUAGGCUUCAUGCACUGGACAAAGAGGGCAUUUGAAAUGUCAUGAAACAUGCUCCCACAUCUUUUUUGCACACUCAUAUUAUUAUAGGGAAUCUUUCUGGGGAAAAGUUCCUUCCUGUUUGUAUAGUACUAUAUCCCGUGUUGUGUUUUUUUUUUUUUUUUUCUAAGAAUGUUUAAUUUAACUCUUUGGGGUGUGGGUGGUUUGCUGGUUAAAUCAUUUCCAAAGUUUGUUGGGUUUUAUUGUAUUUUUUAAGAAAAGUAAUGAAAGUAUACAAUACAUGUUACCUUAAUGACUUGUUACAUGUGCACAUCUGCAGCUGCUGUGAAAUUAGGAAGGAAAUUGUAUAAUUUGGGCAUAGCCUUUCACCUUUCUCCCUCCAUGUGGAUUACUGCGUCUUUACCCAUAAUGCAAUUUGCAAUUAUUUCUUGUGCCCUAGUAACAUAUGGGUGUCCCCUGCACAGUUAGUGUUUCGGCUUUUGUGAUUGAUGUGGUUUUUCAAUCCUAGCCAAGGCUGGCCAUAGUAGGACAGAUGUUAUUAGAUUAUAUGAAAAAUCUGCUCUUUGUUGCCAAUGCCAAAUCCACAGUGAUUUUUACUUUUUCCAGAGCAUGCCUGGGGAAACCAUCUUUAAACUCCUGCAAAGAUUUUCCUAUUUUAGGAGGUCUUUGACUCCAGUUAGUAUUAUCAUAUAGGUUUAUUGACACUAUCUUUUUUUUCUCUGGCCCCUACAUGCCUGAUUAUUGGUAUUGGUGCUGAAUUUGGCCACAUCUCAAGCAAAAUUCUGCUGUAGAUGGAAAAGUUUAUUAGGAAUUUUUACGGAAUUACUGGCCUUCCAGAGGAAUGGGGGUGACGGCAAAGAAAACUAGUCUGACUUUUUUCAGGACCAUUUUAUUUUUCUACUUUACACUACCACUACUGUAAGCACUUUGAAUUUAAUGAUACAAUGGGAAGCCUUGCAAUAGAAAAUAUUCUAUCCCCCCUUUUACCUCCCUAGACAUGUUCUAUGUACUGCUAUAAGCUUCUUCAGUGUAAUAACUGACGCAUUGCUGCUGCUUAACGCAUUAUUUAGUAGUAGGCUGGACUGCACUUUAUGCUUAUGGUAAACUUCAACAACUGCUUUAGUUAACAUUGUAAUAGAGUUCACAGCUGCCAUCUAUAGAUAGAGGAGAAAGAGAUAUCUUUUCAGUGUCAUUCUAUUUUUUUUUUUUUUCUUAAAAAAAAAAAGAUUUUGGUUAUAUAUGAAUGACAUAAUUAAACAUUUGGAAAGUUACUAUUUCAGCAAACGUUCCCAACCAACUUUGCUGUAUUUCUAUAGGUUAUUGAAAUCCAUUUACUAGGCCUCUCCGCUGCUAGUGAAGAAGUUGGUUAUGUCUGUCAAUAGGUGCCUGCAUCUAACAAGGCCAUGUUUAACCCUUGGCUCCUGAAAAGGGUUAAUUUAGAAAUUGCAUGACUGGUCCAACUAAUAUUUCAUGAUUUAUCUAUUCUAUUGGUGAGAUUGGCAGGCUCGACCCUAGUUUUUGCUAUGCACUUUGCUAUAUGUCCAAUGAACUGUUCUUUGACUUUUGCAUACAUUCAUAUGAUCCUUGGCCUCUAAAUUUAUAUUGGAAUAAAGUUAAAGAAAAAUACAAAGGUAUCCAGCCACCAUCAGAAGCCUGUUCUUUCCUUAUGAAAAAAAGCACCUGCUUUAAAAAAAUAAAAUGUACAUAAAGGCUCCCGGAUGUGGCUAUGGUGAAAUAUAGGACAGUCUGGUUACUGAUCCUGUUUUUGUUUGUUAUUCAGCAGUUUGCAUAAAACUUGAAAUAUAUAUAUUCAAAAA